AAAACAAAUAUUGGAUACUCGGUCAGAGCCCAUCUGCUCCGGGGCAGCAGGCAUUCACUCGCACCGACGGCAAAACCUGGGAUUUUAUGUGGAUCUAACUUUUCUUGGAGUGACAUUGGAGUUGGUGUGGAGCUGUAAUGAAGGACCCCGGCAGGGAGGUGUUGGCGCCCAACGGCAGCUGCCCGCUCUUGGACCAGCAAGCGGGAUACUGCAAGGCGGCCAACAGCCUGAGGGUCAUCGUUGGCGGCAGCACCUUCACCGUGGACAAAGCCACAAUGGCGGAGAACUGUGAGUACUUCCGAGCCUUGUUCAAGUCGGGGAUGAGGGAGUGCAGACAAGAGGAGAUCCAGCUGCAGUGUGUGGGCGCGGGGGGGUUCCUCGUCCUGCUGCAAGUGCUGCGCCGGGAGCAGCCCAUGCUCAACAGCGACGAGAUCGUGGAAGCCAUCGAGUGCACAGCUUUCCUCCAGGCGCCGGCUCUCACCAAGCACCUGAUGAACAUCAUCGACUCGGAGAACUGUCUGCUCAUGUACCACACGGCUGAAACCUACGGCGUGUGGGACCUGGGCCACCAGUCGGCCCUGUUUAUCAGGGAUGCGUACGCCGACCUGAAGGAGGACGUGGCCGCCCUGCCGAGCAAGCUGGUGGAGUAUGUGGAGUCUCUGCUGCCCAGCAGCUACAUGGCGGUGUGCAGCCACUCCCCGUCCACCGAGCUGCUCCAGGACAUCCAGAGGACGGUCUGCUACCUGGACGAGGAGCCCCGGGAGUGGAGGGUCCUCACCCACCUGCCCCUCAACACCAGCACCACCAUGGCCGGCGUGGCCGUCCUCGACAACAAGCUGUACAUCGUUGGAGGGGUGCACGAUAUGAGCAAGAAGGUGGUGGAGACCGGAUUUUGUUACAACCCCGUCCUCGAUUCGUGGUCCACCAUCCGGGGGCCCCAGCAGCUACGCUACAACUUCACCCUGAUCGGUCACGAGGGCUGCCUGUACGCGGUGGGGGGGGAGUACGACAGGAAGGCCCUGUCAUCCGUGGAGCGGUACGGGCCGGCGGACGGGGGGUGGGGGUUCCUCUCGCCCCUCCCCCGCCCCGUGUCCUCGGUGGUGUCUGCCGUAGCCGUCAACAGGAUCUUCAUCUGUCUAUGGAGAGGACAGGGUGCCACAGAUAUCCAUGAAUAUGUGCCUGAUCGCGACCAGUGGCUCCUGGUCACAACGCUUGUCCGCGAGCAAAGCUACGGCCUGUAUAUGGUGGCUCACAGGGACAACCUGCACGUGAUACGCAACGGACCCUGUGAAGACUUCCUGCUGUGCGUGAUGGACUCCUACAACCUGAGCUCGGGCCAGUGGACGGCCAUGUGCGGCCAGUACGGCAACACCAAAGGUUCCCUGUUCACCGCUGCGGUCAAAGGCGACUCGGUGUUCACCCUCAGCAGACACGUCACCACAGAGUACACGGUGGAGGACUCCAGGUGGAGGGUGAGGCGGGAGAUGAAAGGCUUCGGCAGGAUCGGAUCCAUAUAUACAUUUCUGAUGAGGCUUCCUAAAGCCGGCGCUCCUCUCACGGAACUCUGUCCCGACCCGACUCAGGAGCAAACCCUCCAAGAGCUCUGCAUACGUCCCAGGACGUCCACGCCGUGCUCUCAAGACGUCUAAUGGUGGAAUCACACUGAAAGCAUCAGAAAUGGCCUGUGGACGCUCAAUACGCCUGCAUCGCUGCUUGCCAAAGCCUGUCGACGCCUGCAGUGGGCAGGGCUAAAGCUGCGCUGCAGAACUGGAGGGAACAAAGUGCAUACAGCCUACAUAUAUCUAUAUAUAGCUGCACAUCUUCAGUUUCCUAUUUCCUAUCCAUGGAUCACACUUUGGGAAGCCUUCUUUAUAUUUCAGCGUUAUUUCAGCGUAGAUAAGAGUGAGUUUGAUGCUGUUUAACAAGCUUGGUCCCAGAUCAACAGCAACCAUCAGAAGUGUUGGUCCCGGUGAAGCUGCAGUCUGUCUACGGUGAACACUGACACACCGGGUCGGAGCGGAUUUGGUCAUGAUGUUUAAACUGUGUUUUGUGAUUAAUAAGCACGGUUUUUAAUUAUUUUGUGUUGGAUCGAUGUAGCAAAUAAAAAAGUUCAGACCAUACAGCUCCUCAACCAUCAGUUACGUGUUUCACAUGAGCAGUUCAGGUAAAAACGGCAGUUAAAUCAGCAAAAAUGUCAGUUUGCUGGAUGAAAUAUAUGAAUUCCUGAUAAAAUAAGUGUGUUAGUGCACAGCUCUGCUCAUGUGUGCAUGUGAAUGAGUGUACGUUUGUGUGUACACAAAAGUACAAUCUGCACAGAACAAUGUGAUUGUUUUUAAUCAAGUGCCAUUAUUUGUCAUGAAUUCUUUUUAGCUUUCUGAUCCUUGUAUGUUUUAUGUUUGUUUGUUUCUUGUUUUGAUGUUUUUAUUUUUUUGUAAAGUUACUUGUCCUUGUAUGUAUUUUCUUUUAUAUGAAACUGAAUUUAUUUUUCUGCUGCCAUCUUGACCAGUACUGCCUGGCAGAAGAGAUAUUGUAUCCUAUAUUGUAUCCUUUCCUGGAUAAAUAAAGGAUAAAUAAAUAAUUGAGCUUUCUUGCUUGGGGAAUCCCGGUCUGUGAUUGGACGCUGCCUCGGCGUCGCCGCUGCUCAUUUGGAUAAAGUUGAGAUUUAUCAACUUCAAAUUGACGCCCUGAAUGCCUCCGACGCCUCCCGCAGUGCACUUUCAUAGAAAAUGAAUGGCAAGCGGACGCCUAUGACGCCUGUGGCGCUUUCAGUGUGAAUCCAGGGUAACAGCUACUCUCCUGUGAACUACUUAAACAUCAAACAGGUUUCACCCAGCUCAAGAUCAACCACCAUAUCAAAGAGAAAAUCAAUAAAAUUUUAUACC